GCUAUUAUUGCUCGAGCAGCUUCCUGUUCAGCGAACACUCACACUUCCUCCACUACAGCAACACUUUGCUUGACUACUUUGACGCUCUCAGACAGAUUGUAGGCUACAUGUUCAUACAAACCCUGCCACUGAAGAUAGUAUGUUUGGUGUCUGAGACAGUGAAGGGGCCAGAAUGCAGAGCAUCAAGUGUGUGGUGGUAGGAGACGGUGCAGUGGGGAAGACCUGCCUCCUCAUCUCUUACACCACCAACGCCUUCCCCAAGGAGUACAUCCCCACUGUGUUUGACAACUACAGUGCCCAGGUGACUGUGGACAGCAGGACUAUUAGCCUCAACCUGUGGGACACAGCAGGCCAGGAGGAAUACGACCGCCUGCGCACCCUCUCCUACCCCCAGACCAACGUGUUUGUUAUCUGCUUCUCCAUUGCCAGCCCCCCCUCCUUUGAGAAUAUCAAGCACAAGUGGCACCCAGAGGUCACCCACCACUGUCCCAAUACGCCCAUUCUGCUGGUGGGCACCAAGAAGGACCUGCGUAAUGACCCGGAGGUGUUGAAGAAGCUAAAGGAUCAGAACCAGAUGACCAUCACCCAACAGCAGGGCACCGCCCUGGCCAGGCAGAUCCAAGCCAUCAAGUACCUUGAAUGCUCUGCCCUCAACCAAGAUGGAAUCAAAGAAGUGUUCGCUGAGGGUGUGCGAGCCUUUCUCAACCCACAACCUGUCGCCACCAAGAAACACUGUGUGCUAUUAUAAAGGCAGUAGGAAACCCUGUGUGCUAUUAUAAAGGCAGUAGGAAACCCUGUGUGCUAUUAUAAAGGCAGUAGGAAACCCUGUGUGCUAUUAUAAAGGCAGUAGGAAACCCUGUGUGCUAUUGUAAAGGCAGUAUGAAACCCUGUGUGCUAUUGUAAAGGCAGUAUGAAACCCUGUGUGCUAUUAUAAAGGCAGUAGGAAACCAUGUGUGCUAUUAUAAAGGCAGUAGGAAACUCUGUGUGCUAUUGUAAAGGCAGUAGGAAACCCUGUGUGCUAUUAUAAAGGCAGUAGAAACCCUGUGUGCUAUUAUAAAGGCAGUAGGAAACCCUGUGUCUGUCACGUUCGUCGUAAUAAUGGUUGGACCAAGCUGCAGCGCGAUAUGGUUUCCACAUAAUUUAUUAAAGUGAAAAACAAAACAAAUAAAGACACAAACAACGAAACGUGACCAACGAGAUGCUACGUGCACUAACUCAAAACACAGAAACAUAAACAAUAUCCCAUAACCAACAGGUGGAAAAAUGCCACUUAAGAAUGAUCCCCAAUUAGAGACAAGAAUGAUCCAAAAUUAGAGACAAUUACCAGCUGCCUCUAAUUAGGAAUCAUACACAAACGCCAACAUAGAAAAUGAAACCUAGAACCCCACAUAUAAAUAAUAAACUAGACUAAAACCCCUAGUCACGCCCUGACCUACUCUACCAUAGAAAAUGCAGGCUUUGUGUGCUAUAAAGACAGUGUGCUAUUAUUAAGGCAGUAUGAAACCCUGUGUGCUAUUGUAAAGGCAGUAGAGAUACUAUCACAGAUGCAUAUCCAAUAGAACAAUAUUAAUUAAUUUAAUUUGUGUAAACCAUUGGAGUUGAUUUUAUUGUGAAAUAUGUUUUUGUUGUACUGCCAUUAACAAACACUGCGAUAUCAAGACUUCAUUAAGAAAAAAGGGGAUCUUUGAGGCAUUGGCUCAAGAUGCAUGCUUCAAAACUGACCCAAUGUUAGGUAGGCGAGAAGGGCCUUGCUCAAACUUUGUCUGUCAGAAUCCUUGCUUUUGUACAUCCAUUAUUUUGCCCUCUUCCUUUAAAGCAAUUGCCAAUCAAAGCCUGAGACUUGAUGGGAGAUACAUUCUCUCAUGUAUCUGUGUUUGAAUAAUUGUCAAAUUUGGACAUGUAUGGCCUUUACAAAAAUAAUUAAAUAAUGCACGUGUAAAAAGACAAUAUCAGGAAUUUAAUUUACUGCAG